AUGUCCAAGUGGUUCUGCAACUCGAAAAAAAAUGCAAACACCCAAACUUCUAAUACGACAUCCACUUCUUCUGUUCCCUCUUCGCUUGCAUAUGAUUUAGAUAAAUUAAACAUCACUGAAGAACGUCUGAAACGCUAUGCUGAUGAAGCAAAUAUUCUAUCUUCUGAUACUUCUAACAAAACGUUAGUUGCUAAUACAGAAAAUGAUUUAAAGUCUAAAACUAGAUUUAUACGAGAAAAGGCUGUAUCUAAAGCACUUAAUAAUAUCAAAAAUUCAAUGAAAGUUGAUCUUUGCUUUGUUUUAGACUGCACUAGUUCUAUGAAGCCUCAUAUUGCUGCUGUUAAAGAUUGUAUCUCACAUGUGACAAAAUACAUUAUACAUACAAAUCCAAGCAUUAAAUUUCGAGUUGGUUUAUGUGGUUAUCGAGAUCAUAAUAAUAAUUCUGGUCGACUGCUAAUUUUUGAUUUUACCGAUCAACAUGAACAAUUUAUUCAAUAUAUGCAUAAUAACGUAAAACCUGUUAGUUCACUAUAUAAUGAUAGUCCGGAGGAUGUUCUUGGAGGUCUUAACGCAGCAAUAACUCAAAUGGAUUGGCAAAAUGGUACUCAGGUUCUUCUUCAUAUUGGUGAUAAUCCACCACAUGGUCGUCGUUUCACGACCUUAAGAGAUAACUAUCCAGAUGGUGAUCCAAAUGGCCUAACCGCAGAAAGCGUACUAAAUAUGAUGAAAUCAAGAAAUAUCCUUUACUUUUUUGGUAAAAUUAAAAGUAAUACUGAUAAAAUGCUUGAAAUAUUCCGCAGUAUAAUUGGAGAAUUUCCAGUAUUUGAUCUUGUAGGAGGAGAUCCGAUUAAAUUAAUUGAAAAAUUUAUUAAGGCAACUUCAUCAUCUAUUACUUAUGCUCUUUCAUUAACUAGUACUAUUGGAAGCAAUUCAAAUAAUUCUAAGGAUAUAUAUUCUUUGCAACAAAAAAAGCUCGAUUUGAACCCAAAUAAGCCUAAUUGGGAUACUCUUCCAUUGCAAAAAGGAGUAGUUAUGUGGUACCUCAUUCCUGAUACCUUGAACGAACUUAAAAACCCAAAUUAUUUCAACAAACCGAAACUCUUUUCUGAAAGUUUCUCCUUCAAGAUCGCCCAACAACCAUUUUCUGCAGGUGUUGAAAAAUGUGCACAUUUUGCUCUUGAUAUCAAGAGUAGUACGAUACCUUUCACGCCUUUCAUAUUUAGACAACAAACAAAAGAAAUGGUAAUAAAAGAAUACAUUCAUGUCGGGCAGAAUGAUCCUUUUGAAAAGUAUCUUGAGGCGGUAGAAAUUUCUACAGUUACAUAUUUUCUUUCUGAAGAAUUUAAUUGGUAUGCAGAAAGAAAAAAUAUUCCCAAAGUAAAUUUUCUUAAUGUGAAACUUUUACGUUGCGGUACUAUUGACCUUCGUACUCGAUAUUAUACUAUUGAACCAAAACUUCAAGGAGAAUAUAAACGAUUCAAUUCAAAUACUGGUGUAAUUACAGAACUUCGACCUACUCUUGAAGCAUUUGUCCACUUCACAUAUGAAUACACUGAAAAAUAUUUAGUGGUUUGUGAUCUUCAAGGAAUUGAACUUAAUGAUGAAUUCUUAUUAACUGAUCCGGCGAUACAUUGUGUUGAUACUUUAAGAUUUGGAAGAACAAAUUUUGGCGAAGAGGGAAUUAAUCAAUGUUUCUUAGCAAAUCAUAGAUGUAACGAUAUUUGUAAAAAGCUAAAAUUAAGACAUAUUGAUAAUGGAUUAUCAGAAAAUGUAACAAUUAAAGAAUAA